GAGCUGCUUUCUGCAGUUCACACACAACGCAAUGAGUGAUGAAAAAAGGCCUCGCAGCUCUUCUAGGGAAAAGCAUGCGAGAAGCAGAGAGAAGUCAUUUCCAGGGAACAAAAAGGAGAAGAUGACACACAGACAGAAAACCAGCAAAGAGAGGCAGGAAUCCUAUCAGAAGAAAUUAAAGAAGGACACCAAAAGCACCCUUCACGCAGGCAACCAAAUCCAUACCUCCACAGUGGUUGAUGUGGAUGACGUGGUGUCAUUUGAUGAAGAAAUGGAGAUGAUGGCCUUGCUUGAAAGUGAGAAGCAGGAGGAAGAUUGUACGGGAAUAUGAGAGAGCUGUUUUAUUUCGAUUUGGUCGUAUUCUUCAUGGAAGGCCAAGAGGGCCUGGCUUGUUUUUUCUCCUUCCCUGUCUGGAUACGUACCACAAAAUAGACAUCCGUCUCAAAACUUUAGAGAUUCCUUUAUGUGAG